CGCCCGCAGACUGCGCUUUCUCUCUGGGUCCUGCAGUCAGUGUGCUCCUGUGGGGAGACAGUGGGUUGGCUCUGAGGGUGCUUGUCUCCGCUCUUGAAAAAUAAGUGUUCUGGGCCACGGAGGAGUUGGAAGGCAGCGGCAGCACGGAGGGAGCUGGCCCUUACUUGCUGCUGCCCUUUGGGGAUGCCAGCUGGGGGCUUUCUUGUGCCAGCCUCCGGUCAGGCUCUGAAUGUCUGGUGCUUCCUGAUCGUUUGGUCCUGAGGCCUCUCAGUCUGGCUUUUUAAAGUUUGACAGAAGGCUCGUGGGCCACAGACAGGGCUGCUAGACAGACUCGACUAGCACUGAGUAAGUAUCAGCUGUUUAUGAUGCUGAGAUAUAAACAGGAUGCUCUGGGGAUGCUCUAAGUUAAAUUUGUCCCUGUACGUCAGACAUCACCAAGGAUAAGGCUGAUUGAGCGCUUGCCCAGCAUGCAUGAGGCCCUGGGUUCCAUCCCCAGCACUGCACAGAAAGCAAAAGGGUACGUUGGAAUGGACUGCAGCCGGGCAGGCACCUCUGUUGAUGAGAGGCAAGGACCUCUGGGCCGGGGGCUAGUUCCCAACAGGCGAGGAGGGCAGAGCCCAUGCCCAGAACCCUCCGUGCUCUCGGGGCUCGGCCGCCUGUGGUUUCCUGCAGGCCAGGGCUGCUGUGGCGUGAGGGUGGAAGCCAGCUCCGUCGCCUGCGCUGCUGAGGUACGGCCCAGGCAUUUCAGAUUGAGUUGUGGUGAAGCAGCCACGUGGCCAUGGACGAUGGCAGAAUGGAAAGACACAGAUUCCAGAGCUGCGACCCCUAACUGGAAGGGACAGACGCGGCUGCCAAGAGUUUUGUGAUCAACAUGGGGGACUCAGCUGACACCGUCACCGCUGCGCCUGAGGCCGUGGCCGCAGAAGUGUCUCUCUUCAGUGUGACGGACAUGAUUCUGUUUUCUCUCAUCGUGGGUCUGCUUACCUACUGGUUCCUCUUCAGAAAGAAAAAGGAAGAAGUCCCUGAGUUCCACAAAAUUUCAACAACGACCACAUCCGUCAAGGAGAGCAGCUUUGUGGAGAAGAUGAAGAAAACGGGGCGGAACAUCAUCGUGUUCUACGGCUCCCAGACGGGGACGGCCGAGGAGUUUGCCAACCGCUUAUCCAAGGAUGCCCACCGCUACGGGAUGCGGGGCAUGGCCGCAGACCCCGAGGAGUAUGACCUGGCCGACCUGAGCAGUCUGCCGGAGAUCCACAAUUCCCUGGUGGUUUUCUGCAUGGCCACCUAUGGCGAGGGGGACCCCACUGACAAUGCCCAGGACUUCUAUGACUGGCUGCAGGAGGCAGAUGUGGACCUCUCUGGUGUCAAGUACGCGGUGUUUGGCCUUGGGAACAAGACCUAUGAGCACUUCAACGCCAUGGGCAAAUACGUUGACCAGAGACUGGAGCAGCUUGGAGCCCAGCGCAUCUUUGAGCUGGGCCUUGGUGAUGACGACGGGAACCUGGAGGAGGACUUCAUCACGUGGCGGGAACAGUUCUGGCCGGCCGUGUGCGAGUUCUUUGGGGUCGAAGCCACUGGCGAGGAGUCCAGCAUCCGCCAGUAUGAGCUCGUGGUCCACACGGACAUGGACAUGGCCAAGGUGUACGUGGGUGAGAUGGGCCGUCUGAAGAGCUAUGAGAACCAGAAGCCCCCCUUUGAUGCGAAGAACCCAUUCUUGGCUGCUGUCACCACCAACCGGAAACUGAACCAAGGCACUGAGCGACACCUCAUGCACCUAGAAUUGGACAUUUCCGACUCCAAAAUCAGGUAUGAGUCUGGGGACCAUGUGGCUGUUUACCCAGCCAACGACUGCACUCUUGUCAACCAGCUUGGGGAGAUCCUGGGUGCAGACCUGGACGUUGUCAUGUCCUUGAACAACCUUGAUGAGGAGUCCAACAAAAAGCACCCCUUCCCUUGCCCCACUUCCUACCGCACGGCCCUCACCUACUACCUGGACAUCACCAACCCUCCACGCACCAACGUGCUGUAUGAGCUGGCACAGUAUGCCUCGGAGCCCGCCGAGCAGGAACACCUACGCAAGAUGGCCUCCUCCUCAGGCGAGGGCAAGGAGCUGUACCUGAGCUGGGUGGUAGAGGCCCGGAGGCACAUCCUGGCCAUCCUGCAAGACUACCCGUCCCUGCGGCCCCCCAUCGACCACCUGUGUGAGCUGCUGCCUCGGCUCCAGGCCCGCUACUAUUCCAUUGCCUCGUCCUCCAAGGUCCACCCCAAUUCUGUGCACAUCUGUGCCGUGGCUGUGGAGUAUGAGACCAAGUCCGGCCGUGUCAACAAAGGUGUGGCCACCAGCUGGCUUCGGGCCAAAGAGCCUGCUGGGGAGAAUGGCCGCCGGGCCCUGGUGCCCAUGUUCGUGCGCAAGUCCCAGUUCCGCCUGCCCUUCAAGCCCACCACGCCUGUCAUCAUGGUGGGCCCUGGCACUGGGGUUGCCCCCUUCAUUGGCUUCAUCCAGGAGCGGGCCUGGCUGCGGCAGCAGGGCAAGGAAGUGGGGGAGACAUUGCUAUACUACGGCUGCCGCCGGGCAGAUGAAGACUACCUGUACCGUGAGGAGCUGGCCCAGUUCCACAAGGAUGGCACCCUCACCCAGCUCAACGUGGCCUUCUCCCGGGAGCAGGCCCACAAGGUCUACGUGCAGCACUUGCUGAAGAGGGAUGCGGAGCACCUGUGGGAGCUGAUCCACAACGGGGGCGCCCACAUUUACGUCUGUGGGGACGCUCGGAACAUGGCCAGGGACGUACAGAAUACCUUCUGUGACAUUGUGGCUGAGCUCGGGGCCAUGGAGCAUGCCCAGGCUGUGGACUACAUCAAAAAGCUGAUGACCAAGGGUCGUUACUCCCUAGAUGUGUGGAGCUAGGCGGUCCCAGCCCCUCACACCCACAGACUGUCCCCAUGACCAUGUUCCUCACUCCCUCUGCCAGCCGCCUGGUGGUCUCUGCCUGGCCUUGCCACUGGAGGCAGGUCCACGGACAGGGCCAGGCCAGGCCUGUGAGGUAGCCCAACCCCAGGGCACAUGGCAAGGGGGACGGGGUCCCACACUUGGUGACACCCUAGGCCCUCCGCAGCUGUACAGAAGGGGCCCUUCUCUCAGCUGGUGGCCCCCACAUGAUUUUGAAUGAGUGUAAAUAAUUUUAAAUAACUUCUGGCCCUUGGAAUAAAGUUCUGUUUUCUGUA